AUGACGGACACGAGCGACUCUCGGUACGCAAGAGUCUUUGGCGACACUCCUCGGAAUACGCCCUCCCGCCUGGGUGAAGAUGAGCUGUGGUGGGCUGAGCGACACCAAUGGUUCAAAGACAACGGGUACGAGCUUCGCCAACGAUACGCCCCAGACUGGAUUCCCUCCUGGCGCGACUCGAAAAAGCCGUUCUACCAUUGUGAAGAUGGCUAUCCCAUGCUGGAUACCAGGCUGUUAGACGCAGUGCGCCUGUCUGAUGGCCAAUUCGUAAUGCUAAAGAUGAUCUUCGAGUCCCGACACCCUCAUGAAGUCGAGAUUGGACAAUAUCUAUCCUCGGAGCCUCUAGCCUCGGACCCUGCCAAUCAUUGCGUUCCUCUGUACGAGGUCCUUCGCGUACCACACGAUGACGCAGAUGAUGAUAUCCGUUUGAUUCUCGUCAUGCCGCUAUUGAGAACCUUUGACGACCCCCCGUUUGAUACCGUGGGAGAAGUUCUCGAUUUAUGUGGGCAAGUCUUUGACGGGUUGAAGUUUAUGCAUGAUCAUCAUGUUGCUCAUCGCGAUUGCUCCGAACUCAACAUCAUGAUGGAUGCAACGCCCAUGUUUAUCGGAGGGUGGCAUCCCGUUCAGCGUAGUACGAAGCGGGACUUCAGCGGAGAUGUGAACUAUUACACCCGCACGAAGCGGCCUCCAAGGUAUUACUAUAUUGACUUUGGCAUUUCGCGUCGCUACGAUGCGUCUGUGUCCGAUCCCAAGGAAGAGGUAAUUGAGGGUGGGGACAAGAGCGUUCCCGAACAUCAACCUAAUUGUCCUCCUCAAAACCCGUUCCGAACCGACAUAUACUGCGUCGGGAACGUGAUCAAGGAACGGUUUCUGAUGGAAACUCGUGGGUUAGAGUUCCUUACACCUCUGGUCGAGGACAUGAGGCAGUCUGACCCCACGAAGCGGCCUACGGCGGACGAGGUUGUUGAGCGCUUCGAUAACCUCGUCAAUGGCCUGAGCUUCUGGAAACUACGCUCACGCGUGGUGUACAAUACUGACGGGAUGUUCACCAACGUCUUUCGUGGAAUGGUGCACUGGUCUCGUCGUUUACGGUUUGUUGUGACUCAAACGCCUUCGAUACCCAAACCUUCACCUUUAGUAGUUAUUGAGUGACAAUACCAUGGAUCCGUAGCGUAUCGUAUGUGAAGUAAUAAUUAUCGCUGUGCUAUCACUCUUCCAUAGCUGAAGGGAUGAUGGAAGGAAUUG